UGCACAUACCAGAAGCUGACGUGGCAUCCCCCUCCCCCUUUUUCUCACCCCCAAAUUCCUUCUUCUUCCUUCACAGACCCCAAACUCUUCUCUCUGCUUUCUUCUUCCUCCGCCGAAUCAGAAAGCUUGUCUUUUUCUCUACUCCGGCGAGCAUAGUUCUCGGAGAAUCUCUGAGAGUCUCAUUUUCGACCUUCUUCUUAUCUUUCUCUGCAGCGAGAGUUUUUUCUUUUUGUUUUUUUUUUUCUAACGAAUCCAAAAAGCUCCGGUUUGCUGGUAAUUUUUUCUGGAAGGUGGAAGCUUUAGAUUGGUUCUGAUUUCAGAAGCAAAUCGUUUGUUUUUACCUAACUAAAGCAGAGAUAAAUCGAAUCAAUUUAUGGGAUCUAUAGAAACAGAGGAAAUUAAGCUGAUUUGAACUCCAGAUUCGCCAAUUUAUUUUGCCUUUUUCCUUUUCUGCGUUCCAGACCUUCGAGUUUUUUUUUGUUUUCCUCCGGCGAGAUCUUAAUCCGGGAAGUUAUGGCGUCGUCUACGUUGACUGCGAAUGUUCAGGGUACCGAAGCUCCUCCUUCAAGGAAUAGAGAUGAAGAAGCUGGAGACAAGCAGAUACAAUUCAAUGACCAAAGUUUUGGGGGAAAUGACUAUGCACCUAAGGUACGGAAACCAUACACGAUAACAAAAGAAAGAGAGAGGUGGACAGAUGAAGAGCAUAAGAAGUUUGUUGAAGCCUUGAAAUUAUACGGGCGAGCUUGGAGACGAAUAGAAGAACAUGUGGGCUCAAAGACCGCAGUUCAGAUUCGAAGCCAUGCUCAGAAGUUUUUCUCUAAGGUUGCUCGAGAAGCAACUGGAGGUGAUGGGAGCUCAGUAGAGCCAAUUGUGAUACCGCCUCCUCGUCCCAAGAGAAAGCCAGCGCAUCCUUACCCUCGUAAGUUUGGGAACGACGCAGAUCAAACAAGUAGACCGGUUUCUCCCUCAGAACGUGACAACCAAUCUCCAACCUCUGUGUUGUCCACUGUUGGAUCAGAAGCAUUGGGUUCCCUUGAUUCGAGUUCACCCAAUCGAAGCUUGUCCCCAGUUUCUUCUGCAUCACCACCAGCUGCUCUUACAACUACUGCAAAUGCACCUGAAGAGCUUGAGACUCUGAAGCUGGAGUUGUUUCCAAGAGAGAUACUCUUAAAUAGAGAGAGCUCAAUCAAGGAACCAACGAAGCGAAGCCUUAAACUCUUUGGGAAGACAGUUUUGGUAUCUGAUUCAGGCAUGUCGUCUUCUCUAACAAGUUCAACUUAUUGUAAAUCCCCAAUUCAACCAUUACCACGGAAGCUCUCAUCAUCCAAAACAUUACCAAUAAUAAGAAACUCACAAGAAGAGCUAUUGAGUUGUUGGAUACAAGUCCCUCUUAAGCAAGAAGAUGUGGAAAAUAGAUGUUUAGAUUCAGGAAAGGCUGUCCAAAACGAAGGAUCAUCGACUGGAUCAAACACUGGUUCAGUGGAUGAUACGGGACACACAGACAAGACCUCAGAACCCGAAACAAUGGUAUGGCAAUGGGAGUUUAAACCAAGCGAAAGGUCUGCAUUUUCUGAGCUCAGAAGAACAAACUCGGAGUCAAAUUCAAGAGGAUUUGGUCCGUACAAGAAGAGAAAGAUGGUAAGAGAAGAAGAAGAAGAAGAGAUUCGUCUCCACUUAUAACACAUUUUCUCAGGUACCCUAAAGAAGAGACAAAAUUUAAUAUUCAUUCAACUUUCCUAAGUGUUCAUCAAUGUAUUUUUUGUUGUUAUUGUUGUUGUUUCAUUGUUUUCUCCGAGGUGUUUGUUGUUUAGGCUAAAAUUUGCUGCAAAAUUUGUAACUGUAAAACUCGUGUACAAUUUUUUUUACAGUUAAUCUAGUGAUUAUGAGAUCCUAA